AAGAGGACACACUGGCACCUCUCUCUGUUCUCUGUCUCUCUUCACAGUCUCCUCUGACUGUAUUUUUGUCUUUAGGAAAUUAUUUUAAUUUCAUUGUUCUUCAUUAACAAGCUGGAACUGGACUUAUUAGACGUUAUUCCAAUGUGAAGAGAGUUCAGUGGUCAAACAGUCAAUUGGUUGGACGAUCUGACGGUUUUCUGGUUGGACUAUAACCACAGAGGGAGUUUUCUGUGUUUGAGGAGAGCAGGGAAGAGACGAGCAAGCUGCUGAGUGAAGGAGUGAAAGAGUAUCAUCUUGUAAUUAGUGGACUGGACUCAGAAAGAGGUGCUGGUUUAAGAUAAGGAAAAGGAACAAUCACCCUGGGUUCCCAUUUAGAGGAAGUACAGGACGAGGAGGGUUACAUGUCAUUUCAACCAACCAUUGACUGUUGUUUAACCAAGGAUGGAAGUUGCUUGUGUUUGAGAAGAGCAGGGAAGACCUACCGUAGCUGCUGUGCGUGAAGAACACAGGUGGUUACAUUACGGUUUAACCAGCCAUUGACCAUGGUUGACCGCUCUGCUGCGGAACCCACCAUGAGCUCCAGUCUGGUCAACUCUCUUGCCAAGGUGUACGACCCCAACCCUCUUCAUGGUCAGAAACUGGCCGGGACAAAGCUGAUACGUUCACCCACUGGACCUGACAAACAACCCCAGACACCGUCCUCACCCUCUUCCUCCUCCUCCUCCUCUUCUCCGGUCAUUGUUACAUGGUGCGUUGAGACUGAAAGCCGCAUGGACUCUCUAAGCAGCCAGAUGGAGCGUCUGCUUAACCUCCAGGAGACUGUCAUCACCCGGCUGGAUGGCCUGUCCCGGGACCUGGGGGGCGUGGGGAGGGAGGUGGCCUCUCUCCGGUCCGGAGCCUGGGGGUCGGCUGGAGGUCUGGGCCAGACCCAGGGUAAGACCCAGACCCAGGGGGUGGAGGUGGAGGGUCAGGCCCAGGAGGUGGCUGCGGCCUGUAGGGUGCUCCAGGGGGUGGUGCAGGAGGCCAGCCAGCGAGUUGAGCAGCAGGGGAAGAGGCUGGAGGGAGUGGAGAGGCUGGUGGAGGGAAUGCAUCAGGUCAUCGGUUUCAUCGGUGAGGUGGUGAAGAGCUCUCUGCUGGCUGAGCUGCUGCUUAACAAGCCUGGAGGCUGUAAGGGGGCUAAGGCCAAACAAGCCAGGAAGCUGAAGGGCAAUGGGAUGAGGGAUGGGAAGGACAAGGCCAAGCUCAGCCUGAAGUGCCUGAAAGCCCAGAAGAAGAAGCCUCCAGAUGCAUCAGACUCUGUAGAGGCCCUCCUUCUAGACCAGGUAGAGAAGCUCAACAGGCAGAAUGCUGAGCGUUCCCAUGGUAAUGGGGUGGUUCUGGACAUGCCCCACAUCCCUGUUGUCCAAUACAUGGAAGAGGAGGAGAAGAGGAAAACCCCUGAGCAGGAGGAAGAGCAGAGGGCCAGAGAAGAAGAGGAAGGGGAGGGGGAUAUAUUUGGUGAAUCUGACCCCGAGGAAGAGGAGGGAAGAGAGGGAGAGGCACUGAAGAUUAAGGUGGAGCACGUUCAAGAGGAAGACGGGGAGAAGAGAGGGGAAGGAGGGGAGAAAGAGUCAUCAGAACCUCUAGGAAGUUCUGCGGAGUUAGGUGAGGUGGCUGCCAGCAGUAAACGUGGAAUCAAAGAGGAGUAUUGGGUGAAAGAUAACUUGAAAAAGAGUCGAGUGGAGGAAAGGAAAGAGGGGGGAGAGGAGGAAGAAGGAGUUCCUGAGGGUUCAGAGCUUCAGGCUGCCCAAUCAGAGGCAGAGAAGACGGAGAAGGAAGAGGAGGUGGAUGAUGGACAGCCAAAAGAGUAUAUCAUUGACUCUAGCCCUCCGCCAGCAGCCCCCUUUGACCACCGCAUCGUGACUCCGAAACCUCACCAGGUUACUACCUUCUACGCCAUUAACAGAGAGGAGGUCCUAGGAGGGGGACGUUUUGGACAAGUCCAUAAAUGCGUAGAGAACUCUUCUGGACUGAAGCUGGCUGCCAAGAUUAUCAAAGCCAGGAGCCAGAAAGAGAAGGACGUGGUGAAGAAUGAGAUCCAGGUGAUGAACCAACUCAAUCACGCCAACCUGAUCCAGCUCUACGCUGCCUUCGAGUCACACCACGACAUCAUCCUCGUCAUGGAAUAUGUGGAUGGAGGGGAGCUGUUUGACCGGAUCAUCGACGAGAACUACAACCUGACAGAGCUGGACACGGUGCUGUUCAUCAGACAGAUCUGUGAGGGAUUACAGUACAUGCACAAGAUGUACAUCUUACAUCUCGACCUCAAGCCGGAGAACAUUCUGUGUGUGAGCAGAGCUACGAACAAGAUCAAAAUAAUAGACUUUGGGCUUGCAAGAAGGUAUAAGCCCAGGGAAAAGUUGAGGGUUAAUUUUGGAACGCCGGAAUUCCUAGCUCCGGAAGUCAUCAACUAUGAAUUUGUCUCAUUCCCCACAGACAUGUGGAGUCUGGGGGUCAUCACAUACAUGCUGCUGACUGGUCUGUCUCCAUUCCUUGGUGACGAUGACAACGAGACACUGAACAACAUCCUUGCCUGUCAGUGGAACUUUGAGGAGGAGGAGUUCACCGACAUCUCUGAGGAGGCCAAAGACUUCAUUGCGCGCCUGCUGAUCAAGAGCAAUAGUUGGAGGAUGAGUGCCUCACAGUCACUGAAACAUUCCUGGCUGUCGGACCGUAAUCUUCACUACCGCCUGCAUCAGAAGAAAAAUAAGUGCCACUCAACGCACCCUCACCCUCCCCGAAAAUCUAGACCGUCCCCCAUCCAGAAUGAUUCUCCCCUCCAAAAGGACUCCCAAGACCCUGUGGGCACCUUAUGAUGACACGGGCAGGUGCCUAUUGUUGACACUGGGGCCAGGGGCGGGGCCCAACCUGGACCAACACUGCUGUACCUGUAUGACUACUCGAUCACUACUCUCUGCACUGCCUCACAUCCUCGCAUUCGUUAUCUUUGCACCGCGGCUCGCUAUAGCUCUCGCCACAGAUGGGAGGGUGUGAGGCCGGCAGGAAGUUUAGGGUUACAUUUCUACCUCCAACCCCAGCCCCCUCCCACUCUGUUACUCUGGCCACAACAUCACCAAAGACUCUCAGCUAACAAACCCAGCUAACAAUGUCCACAGUGGCGUGCGGUUCACCAUGCGAUCAUUCAGUCCUGCAAGCACAAGAAGAAGGAACCUUUGCCACGACAAGGGAAGAGGGGAUUGCAGGUGGGGUGGCCAACAACUGUUUGUUCAGCAGCUGGAUGCCCCUUAUGGGCCAGUGUAUUGCUCUCCUAGC